UUUUUUUUGAAGGGUCAGAAGUCACAAUUAUAAACAAGGAUUAAAAUGGCUGUUUACGUUACCUAAUAAUUUUUUAAAUAAGCUGAUUAAUACAUCUGUAUCUCUAUAUAUUCUAAAAGUGUUUACUUUCCCUCCUUUAUUCCAUGAUAUAUUGAUAUUCUAGAUCUACUUUAGUCUUUAUGAUAUCUGACUGUGCCUGAAUGUUUGUGGUCACAACUCUAAAGCCAUCAUUGCCAAUGGCGCGCCGAGAUAGCGCUUGGCGCUGGGUGGUGGUGGGAGCAGCGUUUCUAACACAGUUUAUUGUGUGCGGCAUCACAUACAGCUUGGGGGUCUUCCAUGUUGUUUUUAAGGAUAUAUUUUAUGAGAGUCACUUUGAUACUUCAUGGAUUGGAUCCAUUCUGCUCUAUGUCACGGCUUUGUCAUGCAUUAUGUUUCGCUUCAUAACCAGCUACUGGGGAAGCCGGAUUAGUGUCAUAUUAGGUGGCCUGCUUGCCUCAGCAGGCUUGGGGCUCUGUAUGCUUGCCCAGGAACUGUUUCAUCUCUACCUCUGCUUUGGACUUCUUACUGGAUUAGGCUUUGGUUUGGCCUGCUCCCCUUCCAUUGUGGCAGUAGAACAAUACUUCAUCCAUGGCAGAUUCCAAGCUUUAAGUAUCGUUGUUGCUGGAAUUGGAGCAGGAAUCAUAACUUUUCCAGUUCUCAUUAGGCAUUUGCUUGUCCAUUUUGCUUGGCGAGGGACAAUGCUGAUUCUUUCAGGCAUUGCUCUUAACCUAUGUGUCUGUGGAAUGGUUAUGACACCACUGAAGUUUGACAAAGAGAUAAAGCUGAUGCCCUUGCUGUCAUGCACUGCUCUAAGACACCCCUUGUUUCAUGGCAUGUGCUUUGCAAACCUGUUUUGGAGCUUUGGUUCAACAGUCAUAUACAUGUAUUUGCCAUCCUAUGCCAUGGCUCAAGGAUCAUCUUUUGAGGCAGCUAUAUUUCUUGUCUCCUGCAUUGGGAUGUCCAGCUUUGCCAGCCGUAUGAUAUUUGCGUUCAUGGGACCAAACAGUACACUUGAUGAAGUGACCUCUGCUUUAUGCCCUAUUGGGUUGGGCAUUGUGGUGACAGGCAUCUCCCCUCUGCUUUUUGAGGACUACACUGGCCAGAUUGGCUACACCUUGCUUUUUGGCUUCUACAGUGGUUUCUGGACCACAUUUCUGUCUCAGGCAUCUAGAGAGCUGUUGGGACCAGAAUACAUUGCUGUAGGAAAUGGCUAUUUGUCCUUUAUGAUAGCUCUAGGAGCACUUUUAGGUGGACCUCUAACAGGCUUACUGCUGCAACAUGAAAAUGAUUUUAAGUAUGCCUUCUAUCUUGCUGGUGCCUGUUUAUUGUGGAGCUCAGUUGUCAUGGUGCUUUUCAAACUGAAGCGUUGCACAGCCAGACUUGAUGCAGCAUUCUACCCUGAUGACACAAAUGAUACCAUGAAGAAUACAGAGCAUAAAGUACCAUUGAUUCUGGAUGAGAUGGUUACCAAGGAUGGCAAAACUUAUUUUUUGGAAAAAGGCAUUGUUAUUGACAAUGUGAUUACUUGUGUUUGAGACAGGAGCCUGCACUGCUAAGUAUUAUUUCAUACAUACAUAUAUUGUUUUGAAUCACAUACUAUUGAUACUACCAGCUUUUGAGGAUAUGCCUAUUAAAUCAGAAAAAGUCUUAUAACUUAGUUGCAUUUCAGGUUUGAAUUGACCAGUAAAUUUGUAAUGAAGUUUGUUAUGAUGUAAAAAAAAUUGAAAAACAAAUAGUCAAAAAAGUUAUUUUAAUUCCAACUGCUUUAAUGUUCAUAUCUGUCACUUGCCAAACAUUUUUGUCUGUUCAAAUGGCUGGUAUAAAUAGACAUUUUUAUUGUAAAAAAUAAUUCAUCAAGCUUUUAAUUUUCUUUGUGAUAUAAGUAAGCUUGUGAGAUCAUUUUUAACAGUUAUAUAUAAAGUCUGUUACUUUCUAAGUUCAUGAUUUCUAGUCACCACCAAGUUGUCAACUUUCUUGGUUUUAUUAUUUUUUUCAUGAUUGUGUUUAUUUAAAAGAGAUUAUUCUUCAUUCUAAACUUGUCUUUAUAAUCAUGCUCAAAGUAUAGCAUUUAAUAUGCACUUGUAGCUUUUCAGUUUUAUAGAGUCUUAUUUGUAAAUAUUUGUUCUAAUACUAAAUGCAUUUCCUGGGAGCAAGAUGUAAGGAACUAGAAUUAUUUCUAAUGUUUGUUUCAGUACAUUUUUUUUGUCAGUAGCCUCUAAGUUGGAGUAGUGUUUUGGGAAGUACUGAGUGUGCAUAGCCUAAAGAUUGAUAUUAUGAGCAUGCAACUAUAUUAACUUAAUUGAAAAUGUUUAUGUAAACAUAAUUGUAAACGUUUUUGUAAACAUCAUUGUAUAAGUUUAUGUACACAUCAUUGUACAUGCUCAACAUAGUUUUAAAAAGAAUGUAUCACAAACUAAGUUUUUUGUUUGUUAUAGGGUUAUAAUGAGGGCAUGUGUUAUUGAUUGUAACCUACAAGCUCUGUGUGCCCUUCAAGUCUUCGAUUAUAGCUGUAUGCACUAAUGAUGUUGCUAAUGUGUAGUGCAUGGUACUACAUGUAAACUUCAUUGGUUAACUUGAGUUUCGCUGUCUACUUUACUUUCAACCCUAUUAGCUUAUUAGUCAAGCACCCCCUUCAAUAUUCAACAUUUUCGCCCCAGAAAACAUUUUAUUUUAUACAACUCAGCACCAGAAGCCUUAACAACUCCAUUUUUCUCAUUACUUUUGACACACUAAAUAUCAAGAAUAUAACUCCCCUAUAAUUGAGCUUGCUUAGAUUUUAAAUGCAACAAUGUUGUCUUCUGAAAAUAUAGACUAGUGCAAACAUUUUUUUUUUGUCCUCUUUAUUCUGUAGUUUAAUGUUCUAAAAAUAUAAACUAUCGCUGACUCUUAAAAUGCCAACUUUUAUUUUGUCUUGUUUAUCCUGUAAAUGUAAAGUAAAGUAUCCCUUUCAGACCUUGCGAUCUAUAGGGCAGAUUAUUUAAAGGUCAUCUGUUUCUGUGUUCCACAGUUAAUGAGUGUCAUGUGGCCAGUACAACAACCAACCACCUUUACUUUUUCCCAACUAAGCUGGGUGAACUCAGAGGCUCCCUAAAUAUCUACAAAAUAAAAUCCCAGUCUUCACUAGGAUUUGAACUCGUUUUACCACUCAGCCAUAGUGCCUCUAUUUAUCCUAUAGAUUAGAAUUAUUGUCUUUUUUUUUUACAUAAUUAUUUCUAGUGUUACUGAUUAACAUUUAAAUGCUUUUGUUUUUGUGUUGAAACGGUAAUAUAAAGCAUUUCAGUAUUGUCAUUUAAUAAAAUAUCAAAACAUUUAUAAAUAUGUACAGAUACAGUAUCUUCGGGAAAUUAAUUUUGCUCUAGUUUGCAUUCAGUACUCUUGUAUAUUUAAGAAUAACUUUUCAUGAAUUAUACUUCUACAUUAUUGUUACCACUUUAUAAUAAGCACUAGAAGCAAAUUUUAAAAAAUUAUCAGAUGUAAUAUUUAAAGAAACAUGUUUUUAAAAUUUACUAUAUACAUUUAAUACAUUUUGUCCUUUUUCUUUUAUUACAUAAGAUGACAAAAUUAUAAUUAUGAUUGCUAUCAUUUUUAGUGUAUUUUUUAUAAUUAGCAAUUAAGUAUUUUAAGAAAGCUUUUUUUUUUUUUUUCACAUUCGAGUGCCUUUUAAAACAGAUUUAGUGUUAAUGAUAACUAUUUAAUUGAGUUUUGCCUUUUUUUUUAGUUGUUUUUAUAACCAAAAAUGGUAUAUGUCAUUUCUGUUUUCCUUGACAUUGUUAAUAGUUUUUGUUGGGCACUGAGGGUUGUAAAUAUUCACAGAUCAUAUUUAUGACAUGCAUUAUGUCCCCAUUUUACAGUAGAAUUGUGGUGACAAAAUCUUCAUGUUAAGUAGAGAAAUGAGUCAAAGAAACAUAAAUAUGCCCCCCCACCCCAAUAAAACAACUCAUAAAGAAAAAAAAACAACUCAUACAAUUAAAAGUAAACUUACAACAACAGUCACUCAACGGCCACAAGAUUAAAUAAUUUACUAAAGUAUAUCACACCUCAUUAAUCAUAUUUUAACUGUGUUUAUGUAUACAAAAGUUUUAUGUAAUAUUUGUAUGUUAAACCUAUUAAUCACAGUUUAUGAAGUUCAUUGUAUAUUCUUUAAAUACGUGUAGAAAGCUUAAUCUAGUUAAGUCAACUAUUGCAUUUUUUGUCAUUUUUACACAUGUAUCAAUAAUGAAAUGUUUGAAAAUGUUUAUUUUUCGGAGCCAAACAUCUCCGUUUCUCUUCAUAGAGAUUCCAAAUGGUUUCACUUCUUAUUUUAAAGUUUGGUUUAAGAGCUGUACAUGUCAUAUCAUAAAUCUUGUUUACUGCUCUUCUUUAUAUUUUAGACAUUAUGUAACGGCUGUGACUAUUGUCAACUAACUUCUCUGUAAUUUUGAAACUUUGUCACCACUUAAUGUUGAGAUCAGAGGCAUAGUCUACAGCAGUAUCAGAUACGUAGUUCUUGUUUUUAAUUUGAAAGGCUCAGAUAAUAUCUACUUACCAUUGCCAUAAGUAAAAAUAUGCAGCCAAAAGACUUGAACACAUUGGAACAAGGCUGACUGUGGUCCUUUGUUUCCUCAUAACUUAAAAGUGUUUAGUUUGUAGAAACAUGUAGCAAGGUGGCUGACAAAACAUCUUUUGUUUUUCAUUGGCUGUUACUAAUUUCUUGUUUUUUCUUUUUUUUUCUAAAGUUUUAAUCUGUCAUGAUUAAGUUUUCUUUUCCUAAAAACUUGUUUUAAUAUUUAUUUCUACAUUUUUAAAAUGUUUAUUUAAAUAAUAAUUUAUUUAUAAAUAGUUAUGAGUUAAGCUCCUGUAAUUUUAUCAGAAAAAAGAUUGUGUGUAAAUACAGUUAGAGUGUUUUAUCAGAAUUGAAGGUACUGCUUUGACUAGUUUUUCACUCCAAUAUGUAGCUUAUUUUUUUUGUAUGAUAAAUGUGCAUGGAAAAAAGAUUCAGCUCUAGAGGAGUCUAUUAAAAAGUUUGUCUAGAUAAAUUGGUUGGGUUUAAUGAAAUAAGGGUUAGCCUAAAUAUAAAACACAACCUAUGGUAGCAAUCAAACUUGUAUACAUGAUACAUAUUGGUAUGCUCAAAAUGAUGUCAAUUUAUUCCCUUGUUAUAGCAUUGUGAAUGAAAAAUAGAGGACACAAAGAAAUUAAACUCAUUGCUAUUUUGUUGUAAAGUUAAAAUUUCUACCCAAAAUCAUUAAGUGUUCUCAUAUUUCAUUGUUAUUAUAUGUUAUCACCCUGUAUGGUACUAGUGACUAGUUAAGAUAGUGAUAUAAAUCCAUGUGAAUUUUUAUUAAGAUUUUGCUGUGCAACACAGAAAAUGUUUUUGAAUAAUUUUGGAGUAAAAAAAAGACGAAACAAGUUUAUUGUAAUACACACAGAGUUGGCAACUAAACAGUCUGUACAUUUUUUUUUAUGUUUCCAGCUCAAAAGUAGUUAAGCAGUUUUUUCAUUGAACUAGAUCUACUUGUCUUAAGAUAAGCUAAUUUAACUUCUGUCUCCAAGCCACUGUGCAAUUUAACCUAUUCCAGUAAUAUACAUUUAUGAAAAAAAACAUUCAAAGUAAGCAGAGUGAAAAAUGUUGUAUGCAUGCAUGAAAUAAUUGUCCAGGUCUUCCAAAUUGUAAUGAUUUUUAUGAUUAUCAGCAGUAGCUAAGAUAUUUCAGUUUCUAGAAAAGGUUUUUAAUUUUUUACAUGCUUGAUUUUGUUUAUAUUGUAAGAAAUAGUAUGUUCAUUUUUUCUUUGCUUCUUACUUUACUUCCAUUUCUUUCCUAGAACAAAUGUAAGGAUUUUAUUUACUUCUUGUCAACAGUUAAUGCUUCUAUGUACUAUAUAAAUCAAGUCUUUCAUAUUGGCAUCACAGUUCAAUACAGCUUCAAGAAACAUUAACAAAAAUUCAGUUUUCAGAUUUUUGUUUUGUAACUAUCAUCCUACAAAUAAAACAUUCUUUUGAAAAUCAC